GAGCGCCAACGGUCCCCAAGUUCAGUACAUCAAAGCUAGGUCAAACCACGCGAUAGUGUCUGGCAGUAGCAUACUUAAACCACCUCGUGUGACCUAAUUACACACGUUCAAUAAGUGUCCUAAGACUGAAUAUUUUUUAAGUGAUAAUAUUUGUGAUAAUAGUUUAAGUUAAUCAAAGCAAAAAUGCCGGAACCCCACCAGGAAAUCCAAGUGGAACUAGAAGACGUAAGAGAAAUUAUCUCUCCCUCAAAAUUAAUGGAAACCAGGGACUCUAUAUCCUCCAUAGACUCAGAUGUCUCCUUAUCUUUCGAUAAGAAACAAGAAAACACCGAAGAUGAAGGCGCUCAUAUGGCAGACCUAAGCGACAGUGCCUCAGACACAGGCUCUAAUGGUGGCGGUAAAGAUUCCGGUUGUGAAGUUACCCCCGAAGUAUCGGAACCACCCUUCACACCCCCAUCGGAAGAGCUAUCGGACAAAAUUGUACAACAAGUAGAAUUCUACUUCUCGGACGCCAACAUUACUAAAGACGCUUUCCUACUCAAACACGUCAAAAGAAACAAAGAAGGAUACGUCUCCUUGAAGCUGAUUUCGAGCUUCAAACGCGUCAAACAUUUAACUAAAGAUUGGAGGGUGGUCGCGCACGCCUUAACCAGAUCCACGAAGCUGGAAAUCAACGAAGCCGGAACGAAGCUGAGAAGAUUACAAGCCCUCCCUCAGUACGAUGAAACUACCCCGUCCAGGACCGUCGUAGCUGUGCAUAUGCCUAUAGACAAACCUACUAUAGAAAACGUUGCUGAACUUUUCCGUUCUUGUGGUGAAAUAGCUCUAAUUCGUAUCCUUCGCCCCGGCAACCCCAUCCCGGCCGAUGUGCGUCAAUUUAUCAAUAAAAAUCCUUCUUUAGCAGGCAUGGUUUGCGCUUUGGUGGAAUUCGUCAAUUCCGAAUCAGCUAGAAAUGCUAUUCAGCUUCAAACUAGUUUAGGAGAACCGUUAAAAGUUUACGAAUUGAAUAACGUACCUCAUCCUGAAAGGAAAAAGAAAAACGUUAAUAAAAAGAACAAUAUCAACAGUGGCAGUAAUAAGAUGUUAUCGGAGUCCGAUUAUAUUUCGUCGUCUUGUCAAAGUGGGUCUGAAGCUGAGGAUUUGAAGAAAUUUGAUCCUAGAAGUAAAAUGCGACGUGGUUCGUCAGCUACACACUUCCCUUCCCGUUUUAUUGAACCUGCAGCUUGGCUUCAGAGACGAUUAAGUGCUUCUAGCACAGAAGCUAAUUUCCUUUACAUGCCGAGAAGAUUGUCUUCUGGAAGUAGAGACUCCAGCGAAUCGUCACUUUUUAUACCUCGCAGAAUGAGCGCGUGCAGCAUAUCCAGUAACGACAGUUUCGUCAGGAGAAUGUCAUCGUCUUCAGAGUACAGCAAUCCGAGAUCGAGAAGUAACAGUUCGGCCUUCCAAAAUAGCGAAAACGUGCUAAGGAUGCCAAAAGGUCCAGACGGAAGCAGAGGAUUUAGACAAAGGCUGCCAACUGUAGCUCAAUAAAAAGAUCGUAAUUCAGAUUUUGUACGAAUGAUGAAAAGAAUGUAAGCUAGCGUAAUGGAAGGUAUAGUGUUUUAAAAAAGUUUCAUUUGUGGGAAAAUGUCUAUAAUAUUGUUUAUUUUUCACUAUAUCUUUAAGUAUGAAUGUAAUCGAGUUAAGUUUUAAAAUACAAUUUUGAUUUAAAAAUUAUUCAUUGGUGCAUAUUAUUUUUAACAAAAAUAAUUUGCUGGUAAUAAAAUGGAAUUUUUUUUGGAAAUGUGAACACUAUAAAUAGAUAGUAAUCCAAGGUUUUUUUAAUACCUACUACUCGUAUAAGUAGGUAUAGGUAUGUAGGUAGAAUAAAUCAAAAUCAUGAACGCCUUGAUAUUUGUAGGAAACGUUAUAUAGUCUCGUUCUUCUUCCUGUAAAUGUGACCUUAAAUUUUUAAUUUCCGGUUCAUGCUAACCUUCAUUUGUAUUCAAAUGGUAAAUGUGUUGUGUCAGGUUAUGAACAAUUGUUUUAAAUACUACAUACUAUGAUUUUAUACCCAUGAAAUACAGUAGGUAGAUAAUUCUAUACUUAUCUCUUGAACAACAAUUUUUUUUUUUAUUAUUUAUCAACUGUCGAUCAAGUCUUAGGAUUUAUUUUUUACAAAACGGGCAUUAUCAUUGAACUGUUACCUCGAGGUCAGGAUACCUUUAAAAAUAAAAUAGAGUAAAAAAACGUGAUGAUUCAACAUAACGUAUAAUAUAUUUAUAAAAGAAAUAAAAUUGACCUUCAGUCGGGACUGCGAAUCUGAAUCGAGUUGCCAUUGACAAAAAAAAGCCUACUACGGUAAUAUAUGGAUAAAAUACUUGAACGUUACCUUGAAAUCGUAUGUAUAACGUUAAUUUUAUGUAAUUUAAAAUACCUAGGUAUACGUAUAUGUUCAGUUUGGUUCUGCUUUAUUAUUAUUGUGCUUUUAAUUAUUUUCAUUGGGCCAGCGGUUUUAAAUUUUGUUAUUUGCAGGAUAUACUGAACUGUCGAAAUUCUUCUUCUUUUUAUUAUUUGGUUUACUCCAGUGGGGUUAUUUUGGCAAAAUGAGAAUCACUGACAUAAAGAUAGUCACUCCUUUGUUCAUUUUGGAAUGAACUAAUUAUAAAAAAAUAAUUUUCUAAUGCAAUCAGCAUUUGGCACAUUACUAUUAUAAGUACGCCUGUUUGCAAAAUGUUUAUUAGAGUCCUUUGUAACUAGUUUUCCUUCCCAAAUGACAAAAAUUGACAAUGGCAGGGUUAGUAUAAUAAUAUAUACCUAAAAGAAAUCAAAACUAUCAUCUUCUGUGAGCGAUAAUAUAAUGGAUAAAAUAAGUGUUUUUUAAAAGCCGUUUACCAAAUUUACUUUGGCAAAAAUGUUUCUUUGCUGCAUUGACUAUUUUACGUAUAUCGAAAUAUAAAUUUUCUUUUUCCAAAUGCUCAUUAACGGUAUUUUGCAGUAUUAGAUAAUUAUUUGUUCCACAGAAAGAAUUAAAUACAAGAUGAACCAGAAUCCCAAGUAAAAAUUUGAAAAAUCUAAAAAUAGUGCCUCUUAAUAAUAUUAAAUUUAUUAUUUAUCCUUUUUCUAAUUGAAUACUGUACCAAAAAUAGUAACAGAUAUAAUCAUUUAUAUUUUUUUAAUAAAUUUAAAGCAAAAAAUUGCAGCUUUAAACAUUAAAAUCGUCCCAAAAUCAAGUCAAACUAAACGGUUUUGCAUAACACCGUUUGAGGUACGCCACUGAGCAAAACGUGAAUGCAUUCAGACUACGCGGUCUCGGCCUACUUUUCUAAUGCUACUUUCUCCCAAACUCCGCUUACUACUCGACUUCUUCCAUAUCAAUAUUACAAAAAAAAAGUAAAUUUCUCCGUUAGAACGUCGAAAGAGAUAUUUGAAUCGACAAUGUUACGCUUUUUAAUUCACAAUAUCAAAUAAAACAUAAAAAUCUCUAAAUUAUAUCAUGUAACGGUAACGGUAAUUCGGUAGGUACUACUUUUAUUCAUUUGUAAUGGUCGUGCACAUUUGAAAUUGACAGGAAAUUGGUCGAGUAUCAAAUAGUGGUCUUAAACCGAUUUAAAGAUAAGGAGGACCCAUGUAAGUCCACCCUAAAUUCAUUUAAUUAUCAAUCAGUCCGAAUUUUUGAGGUUAGUGUUAUUCCCUUUAAAUAAUGAAACAUCGCACAGCAUAGGUUCUUUCGUUCGCUGUUGCUGCAAUGUCCACCAGUGUAAAUUACACCAGUUACACCACCUUUAUUUACCUACUUUACUUUCUCCUUAUACCUUAUACACAUGUCGAGUGUAAUUCAAUCAUGCUAAAUAGCUGGUGGAGAAAAUAUCCACCAGUGGACACCACAUCGCCGACAGGAUUUUACACCGUGCCAAACAAAAGGCAUGGUGUGUGUUGGCGUAGUUCAUUCCUACAUUAGUGGGACGAAAAAAAGAAAAAGAACCUCAUAUUACGCAAAUUUAACGCAUGUGCUGAAACCUUUGUAAGAGAAACAAAACUUUUUAAAGGGAGCACAACAAAUUCAACGUUUUGUAUUGUUCCGUAUCAUUUUGGAGCGUUUAAUUUUUACGCUCCUUUCUGCUGCGAUCGCGAAAUUUGAGCGGGAAAGCUCAUAAAAACAACCAAAAACAACCUAAAACUCCUAAAAUCUAUCGCUAUUUGCGAUUGCUUGAAAAAUAUAUCUUUAACAACCUGGUUGUGCUUUACAUAGUGAUAAAAAUUACAAAAAGAAAUACCUAAAUAUAAAAAUUAUUGUAGAAUGUGAGUCAAAACUGCAAGUGACAAAUAAACAAGUUCACUUUCGAUUGCAAAUGCUACGUUUCAUUAAACUAGAAUUGUCGUUCGACACAAAUUUAAUUUAUUAAAAUUGAACGUAUGGAGUGUACCGGUCAGCAAUCUGAUCCUGCUACCCUAAUCGAAGCAAGAAUUCGAUAGACUCAUUGAACACAGGGGUGCGUUCCGAAAUGUAGUGUAAAUGCGUCCGGACGUUGUCUAAAUUUUAAAAAGUGUUCCUAAAUAUGGAACGUUUUAUCUGGAAAAAUUACCCCAGCCGUUCCUAUUUAAAAGAAAAACGCGUCGGGAUGAAGAAAUUUUACCCACCGUGUUGAGCAGGGCAAUUUUUACUCGACUUGCGCAGAUCAUAACCCUAAUUAACCUAAAAGAACCACCUAGUAUUUAAUUUCCUAUUUUUAGUUUUUGAGUACAAAAUAUUUAAAUAUGAGUAUGAGUAAGAGAAUUAAUUCCAUCAAUUAUCGUCUAGUUGUCGGAAACGAUGGUAAUUUCAUUAUAGAAAAUGAUAAAAUUUUAUGACAGGAUUAAAGGUAAUGAAUUGAAUUUUUACAUAAAAAAAUCUAUGUGGACAUCAAUGAUGUUACCUAUUUACCAAUAUUUGAUAAUUCCUACAAUCUCAGAUAACAGAAAACACAUAAUCUAAAACUUGAUUUGACAAUACUUUGCACAUACUUUGCACUUACCGUUCGUAUUUAUCAGGGAAAAAUAAACUUUUGUCCGGACGUUUGAAAAUUUGACGCUCUCGAUUUCUGAACGCACCACAGCUAUUGACAUUGCAUAGAUUUGACAUUUUUAAUCGACAAAUUUUUAUACAAUCUGACACAUCGGUAACUUUUGUAGUAAGUACUCAAUUUGAAUGUAGGUACGAGUAUUUUAUCAAAAGCAUAAAUUGAAACGUUAUUUAUUCCUUAAUUAUUAACCACAUACCUAAUAAAAACAAUAUCAGUUAAUCAAAAGAAAAAUCUUGUAAAUAACUGUUAUGAAUCUUAAAUAAAUAACAUUCUGAUUUUGAUUAACCUUAAAAGUUUUAAUUACCUUAUUUUAAACAUUUUUUAUUUAUAUCUACGAUAUUUGUUAAAUUUAAUAUGCACAAACAGAAUCCAACUUUCAUUCAAUUAAAUUAAUGUAAACUUUCUUUAAUAAUUAAUUCA